AUGACUAGUGCCAAACACAAGGGUGAAGAGAAGGAGGGGGGAGGGGAGGGGAGGGGAGGGGAGGGAGAGACCUACCGCAGCACCCUGCAGACCCUGCCCGGCACCCGCCUGGCCUGGCUGGCCGAGCCCGACGCCUGCAGCAACUUCGACUACGACCCCAAAGCCGACGAGUUCUUCUUCGACCGGCACCCGGGGGUCUUCGCCUACGUGCUCAACUAUUACCGCACGGGCAAGCUGCACUGCCCCGCCGACGUGUGCGGGCCGCUCUUCGAGGAGGAGCUCGCCUUCUGGGGCAUCGACGAGACGGACGUGGAGGCCUGCUGCUGGAUGAACUACCGGCAGCACCGCGACGCCGAGGAGGCGCUCGACUCCUUCGAGACCCCCGACGGCGCGAGCGGCAACGGCGGCGGCGACGACGACGAAGCGGACGACCUCAAGCGGCUCUGCCUGCAGGAGGACGGGCGCAAGCUGGGCUGGUGGCGCCGCUGGCAGCCCAAGGUGUGGGCGCUCUUCGAGGACCCCUACUCGUCCAAGAUGGCCAGGUACGUGGCUUUUGCCUCGCUCUUCUUCAUCCUCAUCUCCAUCACCACGUUCUGCCUGGAGACCCACGAGGCCUUCAACCGCAUCAUCAACAAGACGGAGACGGUUGUGUUGGCUAACGGGACGGACACACAGGUCGACGUGGAGGUGGAGACAGAGCCCUUCCUCACCUACGUGGAGGGCAUGUGUGUGGUGUGGUUCACCUUUGAGUUCCUCAUGAGAAUUAGCUUCUGCCCAGACAAGCUAGAGUUUGUCAAGAGCAGCCUCAACAUCAUUGACUUUGUGGCCAUCCUGCCCUUCUACCUGGAGGUAGGGCUCAGUGGCCUGUCCUCCAAAGCAGCCAAGGAUGUUCUGGGUUUCCUCCGCGUUGUGCGUUUUGUCCGUAUUCUCCGCAUCUUCAAGCUGACCCGCCACUUCGUGGGUCUCCGGGUGCUGGGCCACACGCUGCGGGCCAGCACCAAUGAGUUCCUGCUUCUCAUCAUCUUCCUGGCCUUGGGGGUCCUCAUCUUUGCCACCAUGAUCUACUAUGCUGAGCGCAUUGGAGCCGACCCUGACGACAUCACGGGCAGCAAGCACACCUACUUCAAAAACAUCCCCAUCGGUUUCUGGUGGGCCGUGGUCACCAUGACCACACUGGGCUAUGGUGACAUGUACCCCAUGACGUGGUCGGGAAUGCUGGUUGGGGCACUGUGUGCCCUGGCUGGGGUGCUUACUAUUGCCAUGCCCGUGCCUGUGAUUGUCAACAACUUUGGCAUGUACUACUCCCUUGCCAUGGCCAAGCAGAAGCUACCAAAGAAGAAGAACAAACAUAUCCCACGUGCCCCCCAGCCUGGCUCCCCCAACUACUGCAAGCCUGAUGCCGCCCCCAGCCCCCAUCGUAGCACCCAGGGUGAUGCUUGCCCCCUGGCCCAGGAGGAGAUCAUCGAAAUCAACCGGGCAGGUUACGAGAAGUCCCGGAGCCUGAACAGCAUUCUCCUCUAUGUCUGUCUGUCCAUCCCCAUACCCCUGGCUUUCUGUCUGUCCAGCCAGCCAUCCUGA